CACAAAAAAUGUACAAAACUUACCUACUCGAAUAAAUGCAGAACUGAAAUGCAUUUUUCAGUCCUUACUUCCACAAGCAAUAAAAUGGAAGCUCUUAAAGGUUCCUUGAUCCCUUCACUUCAAAUCCCAUCAACACCAACCACACUCCACAAAACCCAAUUCUUGAAUUUUCAGUUCUGUCCAAUACCCACUUCAUUUCUCAAAUCAAUUCAAAGAAACACAUCAAGAUCAAAGCUUUUAUCAAGAUCAAAGCUUUUCGCCACAUCAUCAUCAUCUACAGCUUCAACAGAACCCAUAGACCCAACAGAUCCUCUGCUUGAAACUGAUAGCCAAGAAGAGAAAUUUGAUUGGUUUUCUCAGUGGUAUCCAGUUAUGCCAGUGCGUGAUCUAGACAAGAGAGUGCCACAUGCAAAGAAAGUGAUAGGUUUUGAUGUGGUUGUGUGGUGGGAUAGGAAUGAGGGUUCAUGGAAAGUGUUUGAUGAUACUUGUCCUCAUAGAUUGGCACCAUUAUCUGAAGGAAGGAUUGAUCAGUGGGGGAGAUUGCAAUGUGUGUACCAUGGUUGGUGUUUCAAUGGCUCUGGGGACUGCAAAUUUAUUCCUCAGGCACCCCCAGAUGGCCCUCCGGUCCAUACAUUCAAGAAAGCAUGUGUUGCUGCUUAUCCAUGUACCGUGCAGAAUGGCAUAUUGUGGUUUUGGCCAAACAGCAAUCCUGAAUACAAAGAUAUCCUUUCAAAGAAAAAACCCCCAUAUAUUCCAGAACUGGAUGAUCCAUCAUACGUCAAACCAAUGGCAAAUAGAGACUUUCCUUUUGGGUAUGAAAUCUUGAUUGAAAAUCUAAUGGACCCUUCUCAUGUCCCUUAUGCACAUUUUAAACUGCUGCCAAAUCCACCAUCCAAGAACAGAGUUAAGCUUGAUAGAGAAGGAGGAGCACCAAUUGAUAUCAGCAUUGAAAAGUUGGACAAAAAUGGUUUCCAAGCUACUCGAUAUGGUGGGAAUAGCAGAUUUAUGGCACCUUGUACAUAUUAUUCUGCUGUUAGUCUCACUUCCGUGAAUCCAGGUAAUGUAUCAGAUCAAGGUAAUGGAUCAGUGUCAUCAGCUGGAAACAAUAUGCAGCCAUCAUCAAAUUCAAAUGUGCCACAACAAAGAGGGCUUCUUGUUUUUUACUGUGUUCCAGUUAGUCCUGGUAGAAGCAGAUUGAUAUUAAUAUUCCCAAGAAAUUUUGGAGUUUGGAUUGACAAAAUCAUUCCAAGAUGGGUGUUUCAUGUGAGACUAAAUCUGGUUCUCGAUUCAGAUUUAUAUCUUCUUCACAUAGAGGAACGUAAGAUAAUGGAUGCUGGCUCGUCCAAUUGGCAAAAGGCUUGUUUUGUGCCAACAAAGUCAGAUGCUCAAGUGGUUGCUUUCAGAAAGUGGUUAAAGAAAUACUCAGAUGGUCAAAUUAACUGGGGAGAAAUGUUCAGUGGACUUCCCCCAUCUACUCCAAAAGAGCAACUAAUGGACAGGUAUUGGUCACAUGUAGUGAACUGCAGCAGUUGCCGCGUUGCAUACAAGGGUCUCAAUGCACUUGAGGUUGUUCUGCAGGUCGUGUCCAUUGUUUCAAUCGGAAUUGUUGCUGCAACCAAGCAAACUGGGAUGUCUGCAGUUGCUAGAACUACACUUGUCUUGAUGGCGGUACUAUGCUUUGCAGCUUCAAGAUGGCUGGCUCACUUCAUUUACAAGAAUUUUCAUUUUCAUGACUACAACCAUGCCCUUCUCUGAAUCAUUGUUUCACAGAGUCCUCAACAUUGGGAACACUUGUAUUACACCCAGAUGGUCAAACAAAUUUUCAAAAAAUGCUAUUUAAAAUAAUAUUUUUUCUAAAAUACUAUGUAAGUUGGAUAAGACCCUGAAGUUUUUUAAUAGAAUCCAACUGGAUUUUGAUAA